AUGGAGGUGAUGCACGCUAAGGAGUGCGAUACCCUGUUAGCGCAGAUAGAUAGGCUGCAGACCUAUGCCGCCAGGCUGGUCGUCCACAACGACUACCUCCUCAGGCUCCACCCGCUUCAGAGCGUCGAGGAAGAGCCCGCCACCCCCCGCGGGUUCUCGCUCCCGGAGAUACCGCCGCCCUGGCACCACCCCGAACCCGCUCCUCCGCCGGAAGGCUCUCUCGUCCCGGAGAAGCUCCAACUCCAAGCGAACGUCCUGAUCGAGAAGCUCGCGCUGCUCGAGCACACCUCCCGACAGGCGAGCGAUACGCUGAAGGACGUUUGCCAACGAGCCGCAGCGUCAGCCUGGGCGCCCUCAGCCUUUCGCCGCCUCGCACGGGAGGUGGAACCAUGUAUCAGGGCUGAGGGCGAGGCUCUCACGGUCCUCUCCAAGACCCCGACGGCGAUGAGAGCGGAGGCCCGCGCGGAUGAUACCGACGAAGGCGUCGACGAGGAGGCGAAGCUGCUCAUCGCGUCCCUGAGAGAGCUGCUGCGUUGCUCUGCGGUGAUGGCUACCCACGGCGCGCAGCUCGUGCAGGUCGGAGCCAUCCUGGAGGUGGCCGCGGCCGCGCUCGGCACCGCGGUGACAAAGAUGGACCGCGAUCGAGAGGAACUUCGAGCCGCCCGUCGAGCGUUGACCCGCCGCAUGGACUUGUUCUGGUCGCCCGCAAACGACGACGGCGCGGGGAAGAAGACCAGCCGUCGCCGGGUGAGGACCGGAUCCAAGCGAAGCCGAGACGACGAGUACACGGACGAGGGAUACGCCUCGGACUACGACACGACCCCGUGA